AUGUCUGUACGCCAUAGCGAAGAGCAUUUAGCUAACCUAGCUGCUCCUGGUAACAUAUGUACCAUUUGCAAUGACGAAACGACGAAUUUUAAUUUUGUGGCUACGCCGUGUUCGCAUGGUUUUCAUCGAUCGUGUCUAUCGACUUGGCUGACUGAGAACGACUCAUGCCCAUUGUGCCGAAGAUCGAUCGAUUCUCAGUCGCUUAGAAGUUUCUCCGAACAGGAUUUACGUCCCGCUCCUGAGAACGCGUCUUCUCAAGGCGCAGUCUCUAGGGCUCCUAACGCCAAUAGUAGAGGUCGUAGAAUUACACGAUCAAGAGCUGCGCAUAACAACAAUCUUGAUAGGUCUAAUCUUGAUGAGUCUCACUCACCUGCAAAUACGCGAGGGAGUCGAUCACAUAGAAAUAAUCGAGAGGAUCAACGACAGUCCAACUUUGAUUUACAAAGAGUUCAACAAAUGAUUGAAGAGACCACACAACGGCAAAGAGUAGCCAUGACUCGCGAAAUUACAGAAGUUGUAAGCCAAUUAGUUUCUCAGUCAUUGGAAACUCGUCUCCAAAAUCUAAACAUCAAUAAUGAGCGAAAUGAACGAGAUGAGCAAAGACCAGAAUGGCAACAGAACGAAAUCUUACACUCUCCUGGUGGUACGUACCGUUCCGCUGCUCAGGAGGGCGUCAACUUAAAUAGCAGCAGAAACCUUAACAUACCAAAUGUUCACAAUAUCAAUAACAACAACGGUAGUGCUAGAAAUACGCAGAACUUAUCUCCAGAAGCAAUUUCCAAAAUAAUUGUAAAUUGGAAGUUGACUUUCGAUGGUUCACCAGAGAAUGUUUCUGUAGAUGAGUUCAUCUACCGA